AUGGAGCUUAUCCUGAAGAACAAUAGUUCUGAGAAAUGGAAGUGGAUCCUAGAAGUGCUGAAACAUUGUCCCAAACUUCAAAAUCUUACCAUUCAAGAGGAUUCUAUAUUUGAAAAUGAAGUUGUGGAUAAUUGGAUGGAUCCACUAAUUGUUCCGGAAUGCCUUUCCACACAGCUCAAAACAUGCUUGCUUAAAGGCUUCAAAAGCCAUGCGAUUCAAUUUGCAAAAUAUAUUAUACAGAAUUCGAAACUGUCGUUUUUGGCUCGCCGUCAAUUUCCUCUAUUUCCUUCUAGCUAUUGCUGUGAGUUGCCAGCUUCAACCUCUUUCAUUCUAUGCAGUAUCGCGGCAACAGGCUCUCUCUUCAUCGAUUUUGGAUUAGGGUUUGAGUUUGAGAUGUCAAGAUCAAUUCCAACGGAAGAUAGGAUCAGCUCACUACCAGACCCAAUUCUACAUCACAUUCUUUCUUUUCUCCCAACCAAAUUGGCUGCAAUAACUUCCACCCUCUCAAAGAGAUGGAAUCCACUAUGGCUCUCUGUUCCCACUCUCAACUUCGACGACACAUGGUCCGAAGACUUCAUCUCCUUUCGCCAUUCUGUGUCAACAGUCUUUCUUGCAAGAGACAUCAAUUUACCCAUCCGAUCCUUCCACCUAAAAUGUUCAAACCAGCACUUCAACGCAUACGACGUUAAUCGAUUUAUUUAUGCUGCAUUACAACGAGUUGGAAUCGAGAAACUCGAUCUCAACAUGUCUGGCAGGGUUUCCUUAAGAGUCAAAUUACCUGAUAGCAUUUUCAGUUGUAAGACACUUGUUGCUCUUCAUUUGAGAGGGUUAAAACAACUGAAUGAUCUUUCUCAUAUGGUUAUGGAUUUACCUCGGCUCAAAACUCUCCAUUUGUCUAAUGUACUUUUCCGAAGUGUUGAAUAUCUUCCAAAGCUUCUAUCAAGAUGUCCCAUUCUAGAGGAAUUGCAUAUAAAAUAUUUUUAUCUACAUCAUCGGCAGGAAAUUGCUUUAAAGGAAAACUUUCAAUGCUUACCGAAUUUGAUUAGAGCAAACUUUUCUAACUUCACUGUUAGUGUGGAUGUUUUGUUUACUUUGUGUUGCAGGGCACAGGUUUUGCAUGUAGAAUUGAACAUGAAACGCUUGAACACGAGUUACCGCCAAUUUCCUAUGUGUCACAAUCUAACCUACAUGGAGCUUAUCCUCAAGAAUAAUCAUUCUGAGAAGUGGAACUGGUUGCUAGAAGUGCUGAAUCAUUGUCCCAAACUUCGAAAUCUUACUAUUCUUACUGAUGAGGAUCCUCGGCAUGGAUAUGGAGUUUUGGAUAAUUGGAUGGAUCCAGCAAUUGUUCCGGAAUGUCUUUCAACACGGCUCAAAACAUGCUUGCUUAAAGGCUAUAAAAACACGGAAUGUGAGAUUCAAUUUGCAAAAUAUAUUUUGCAGAAUUCGAAAGUACUAAACACCAUGUCAAUCAAGAGUGCUUCAUCCCUAGAUUUAAAUAUCAAGCACCAAAUGAUAACGAAAUUAACUUCAUCCAGAAGAGCCUCAACAACAUGUGAACUCUUUUUUUAUUGAUGACA